CCGCGACUGACGACGACUAACUCAGAAUGAAAUUGUUAAUAUUGUUAACACUCUGCGCGCUCGCCGCAGCAUUGCCAAAAACAAGAAAAGAAGUUCAGUAUGAGUCGCUGUCUGAGGUGUCGACCAGUGAACGUAACUUCUUGAUCAACUUGCUCAUCCGUCAACUGAUCGCGUACGUCCGAAAUGUGAUCAACAACGGCUCGGACUUGUUCGGCCUCCCGCCACUCGACCCUCUCGACUUGGACAGCUUCCGUCUUCAAAUACCAGCUGGGAUAGCCAACUUAGACCUAGACCUUCAAAAGAUCUACAUGACCGGCCUGGGUGGCUUUGUAGUGCACAAGAGUGAGCUCAGCCUCCGCGAACUUAGCUUCGAUCUCGAUUUAUCUAUACCUAAACUGGAUAUCAGUACAGAAAUCUACGAUUUCACCGGCGAUUUAUUUAAUGCAAUACCGCUUUAUGGCAAAGGGAAUGCAGCAUUCCAGAUAGAGAGUUUUCGUUUGCGGGCAAAAAUCUACCUAAAGCAAUCGGACAACGAGAAGUCUAUUAUCAUUGACAGAAUCGAAGGCGCAUCGUUUGAACUUCCAUCUUUUAAGUCAAAUGUGAGCGGAGCUAUUGGCGGUGGUGAUAUCGAUGUAAUAGUGAAUACAAUGAUACAAGAGGUUGUUGUGGACUACAUAAACCGUUUCCGAGGCGCCAUCUCUAACUUUGGUUCUGAGUUUGUGGUCGACUUUGCAAACCCUUACCUCAACCAACUUGACACUUGGAAGUUUAUUGAGAGACUGCUGUAA